AUGGCUUUAAUCGGAAAUGACGCCGAUAACAAUGAACUCAAUGACGGUAAUGGAAACCGUGGACCUGAAAUGACUCUUGAAGAAAUAAGGGCAAGGCUUGAUGAACUAAGGAACGAUCCCAUCUUUGGAGACGCCCAAGUCGAAAAUAAUAACAAUAAUCAAAUGGAAUUGUUAAAAUUAAUGAUGAUGGAAAUUAUACAAGGGAAUCGCCAAAAGACAAGAACUGAAGAAGAAGAAUGCUCCAACAUGUUCAAGAAGUUUUCCUCCCAUAAGCCACCUACUUAUGAUGGAAAACCGGACCCAACGGAGUUUGAGGAACGGCUUAGCGAUAUGGAGAAGUUGUUCGACGCUACUCAAUGUCCGGAUAAGAAUAAGGUGAACUUUGCCGUCUUUUAUCUAAAAGGGCAAGCCGAUCUUUGGUGGAAGAGCGCAAAAGGAAUGCAAAAUGAUCCUGAAUUUGGUUGGGGUAAGCUCAAGAUAGCCAUGCGAAACCAAUUUUACCCACAAUCUCUGCAAUUGCAAAUGGAAUCGGAUUUCGUCCAUCUUAAGCAACGACAAAUGUCAGUCUUGGAGUAUGCGGUGAAAUUCAACGAGCUUUCCCGUUUUGCCCCAGAUAUGGUCUCCACCGAUAGGCAAAAGAUGAACCGCUUUGAAGGUGGAUUAAACCUCGAUCUCCGCGAGCGCCUAUCUUCUUACCUGAGCAACUCUUAUCAAGAGUUGUAUGAUAGAGCUAUCAACGUGGAGAGAAUGAUGAAACUGCGAGAAGAAAUAAUUGGAAAUGCAAAGAGAAAAGGAAACACUCAUGGAGGAAAUUCAAGCCAUGGGUCCUACAAGAAACCAAAUGUUGGGAACUAUGGAGGAAAUAAUCAACACUCUAACAGGCCUCAAGUGUGCAACAAAUGCGGGAAACGUGGUCAUAUUGAAAGGAAUUGUCGAGUUGGUACUGGACAAUGCUACAAAUGUGGGAGCAAGGAACACCAAGUUAAGGAUUGCCCCCGACCAGCACCCCAAUACCCAAACGACAACAAGAAUGGACAAAAUGGCCCCAAUCGCGGAAACGGUGGUAAUGGAAACUUCAACCGUUAUCCUCCGCGCAAACCUCCGCAAAAUGGAAGGGUGUUUGUGAUGCAGAAAGAUGAAGUUGAUGGAAAUAAUGAUGUCAUUACUGGUACUUUCCUUAUCCAUUCUAAUCCCGCCUAUGUUCUUUUUGAUUCGGGAGCUACACAUUCAUUUAUUUCUUCAUCAUUUGCUAAACGCCUAAAAUUGAAACCAUGUUCUGAAUUUUCUAGCAUGUCUGUGACCAUACCUUCGGGAAAAUCUUUGGCUUGUGAUGUCAUGUAUAAGGAUUGUCCAAUCACUAUAGGAAGAUGUGAAUUCCCGAGUAACCUAGUCCAAUUCGAACUAACUGACUUUGAUGUGAUUUUGGGAAUGGAUUGGUUGUCAAAGUAUCAUGGUGACAUAAGUUGCCUUCACCAUAGAGUAACCCUUAGAGGGUUAGAUGGGAAAAAGGUGUCAUACCGAAAUAGGGUAGGUAAACCAAAAGUUAAGGUAAUCUCUACCAUGAAAGCCCUGAAGCUACUUAAAACAGGUUGUUAUGGAUAUCUUUGCAAUGUCUUGGAGAGUAAAGAACCGAACUUGUUUGACAUACCCGUAGUAUGUGAUUACCCUGACGUAUUCCCAGAAGAAAUACCUGGCAUGCCCCCACAAAGAGAAAUAGAUUUUAACAUUGACCUAAUUCCAGGAUCUGCCCCUGUCUCUAAAGCACCUUAUAGAAUGGCACCCGCAGAAUUACAAGAGUUAAAGAAACAAUUAGAUGAACUGUUGGAAAAAGGGUAUAUUCGACCUAGUGUUUCACCUUGGGGAGCACCCGUCUUGUUUGUAAGGAAAAAGGAUGGAAGUUUGAGGCUAUGUAUUGACUAUCGAGAGUUAAAUAAGAUCACCAUCAAGAAUCGAUAUCCCUUACCUCGUAUUGAUGAUUUGUUCGACCAACUUCGAGGAGCAACCACUUUUUCAAAGAUAGAUUUGAGAUCGGGAUAUCACCAACUUCGAAUAAAACCCGAAGACAUUCAUAUAACCGCCUUUAGAACCCGAUAUGGACAUUAUGAGUUUGUAGUCAUGCCUUUUGGAUUAACUAAUGCCCCUGCUGUCUUCAUGGACCUAAUGAACCGAGUUUUCAAACCUUACCUGGACCAAUUUGUCGUAGUCUUCAUUGAUGACAUCUUGAUAUACUCCAAAAGUCCAAAGGAACACGAAGAACACUUGAGAAAAGUCCUUGAAGUUUUAAGAGAGAAUCAAUUAUAUGCCAAGUUACAAAAGUGUGAAUUUUGGUUAAAAGAGGUAGCGUUCUUAGGUCAUAUCAUAUGUGCUGAAGGAGUUUCGGUGGACCCUCAAAAAGUAAAAGCAAUUGUUGAGUGGCCUAGACCUACAAAUGUUCCCGAAGUAAGGAGUUUUAUGGGUUUAGCUGGUUAUUAUAGAAGGUUCGUACAAGACUUCUCGAGAAUAACUCAACCAAUCACCCGACUUGUGAAGAAAACCACUAAGUUUGAGUAG